CAAGAUGCCGCCUGCCUGCCGCCGCCACCGCCGCCCAGCGCAGCUCCGGGAGAGGGCCGCCUGCGCCUCCUGGCUGCCCUGGGCCCUUUGGGGCAGCUUGCUUUUGGCGCCGGCUUGGGGCUACGUGAUCGUCAGCUCGGUCUCCUGGCCGGUCCCCCGCGAGGUGGAAGACGACUUGCUGGACAGCUCCUCCAACGAGGAGGUCCUCCCGGCGCUCCUCGAAGACGCCGGCAGCCUCUGGAAGCGGAGCUCCCCGGCCGGGGUCUACAAGGCGGCGGAGGGAGAAGAGGAGGAGGAGGAGGAGGAAGGGCAGGGGGGGGUGGUGGUGGAGGAGGAGGAGGUGGGCGACCUCCGGUCCAGGCCGGGGGCCACGGGGAGAGUCAAGCCGCAGGUCUCGUCUCCUUCGCGGAUGUUUUCUUACCGGAGAGAAGGCGUGAAAGGGACGGACAGCCUGGGCGCCCAGGUCGAGAGAGCCAGCAGGACGGCCCGGGCCUUGGCCCAUCGCAACCUGUGGGGCUUCGUGGCCACCACCUCGGCUCAAGAAAAGAUCCAAGGAACACCAUUUGGAAACUAUUUAUCCUUCAGUGAUGGCCCCACAGACAACAGCUCUGGGAUUCCUUUCUUUUAUGUGACUCCGAAGGACAACACAGUAGUAGAUCUGAUGAAAAAUCCCACUGCUUCACUGACAUUGCUAGAGGUGGAAGGAGACUUCUGCAGAAAAGCGACAGUUGAUCCUGAUGAUCCACAAUGUGCCAGACUUACUCUUGUAGGACAGAUGGUUCCAGUGCCUCCAGAAGAAAUUGAAUUUGCCAAGCAAGCACUGUUUUCUAGGCACUCAGUAAUGAGAAAGUGGCCUCGCAGUUAUGAAUGGUUCUUUAUGAAAAUGAACAUUGAACACAUCUGGCUGAAGAACUGGUAUGGAGGAAUUGUCACUGUUGCCCUGGAAGAAUACUUCAAAGCAACUCACAAUAAAGCUUGACUGAACUUUCAAA